AUGUGCACAGGUGGGAGAAGCACCAGCUCCUCUUUCUGGGGAUACCGGUAUCAUAUUAAUACUACGAAAAUCAGAUAUCUCCCGAUUCAACUUCUGGAUGACCUUAUCCAACGAGCUUCAUGCCAAACCUCGAGUGACACCCCAUGCAACCCACGUGCUCUAAUAACACGUUGCGGGGGUGCCAAGUAUGAUAUUUUUUCCUCUUCCACGCACUACGGAAGAAAGGGUGAAACAAAAAAAGGCUUAUAUCCCACUCUCCCCUACUACCAACCCUUCCCAAGUCUUUAUUUACACCCGCAAUUCCUCCCUCUCCCAAAACUACCAGCUCGAGUACUAAUAUUCUGGCCACCACCAACGAAAAGGCCCACCUCAGCUCCACAAAAAAAAAAAAAAAAAAAACAUGACAACAACAGCAACUCCCCCCACAGACCCCCCCCUCCCGGACUUAACCUUCACCCUCCUCCCCCCGACCUCAGAGCACUUCCUACCGGCAUACACCCUCCUAACGGACUCAAUCGCCCAAUUCCGCUCAACCCUAACCCUCUCACUCCUGUACUCGCACCCACACCUGACGCUGCCGCCCACGCUUGUGGUGGCAGUCUACCUCCUGCGCACGCAGGAGUACCUCAGCAUGGCUGCCAUCCUUUUCACCGGGUACGCGAUUGCCGUGCUGUCGGCCUGUGGGUACCUGAGUUACGGAUACAUUGAGCGGGCGGAGUGGAUGGGGAGUCGGAGUGGGUUGGUGGCUAUGUUUGGUGGGGACAGGAAGAGGGAAGUUGUGGGCGCGCUCUGGGGGGAGGAGGUCAUUGGGGUCGUGGUUUUUGAGAGGGGGAAUGGGGAUGGGGACGGGGUGAUUUAUGGGUGGGCGGUUAGGCUAAGGUAUAGAGGAAAGGGGAUUGGUAGGGGGUUGUUGGAGAAGGUUGCUGAAAUUUGUGAGGGGAGGGUGAGGUUUUCGGAGGAUCAUGUUCACUCCCACAGACUCUCCAGAAUACCGGCAAUGUUUAACAGAGUCUUUGACAAACGAGAAGCCAAAGCACGAUUAAUGUUGGAGGAUGUUUUGAAAUCACAGUAGGGGCGUUUGGCACAUAUAUUUGUAUAUCCCUUAGCUCAAUCGUA